UUACCGGGAAAUUGCUGCCCAUUGCACGUAACAACCCGUCCUCUGGCUCUCUAUAUAACUCACCGAGUCACCUCCGAUUUAUCUUCAUGUUGAUUGAGCUGUGUUAACUGGAGGUGGAAUCCUCUUGCAACCUUCAACAGCUCUCAUUUUCUUAUACUCCUACAAGCAAAUCGGAGAUCUGCAACGCUGAGUUUCGGAGCUUCGAGAUGCCCGGAUUCUGUGAUGACGCACCAGAACAGCAUGAAGUUGAAUCCAAGGCCACCGGCCGACGCGAAUGGGAGGGCUCUUUACGGUCUAGUGUUCCGGAAACAGGCCCAAGGAGUGCGGCCACGAAGGUCCAGAAGUUUUACCGGAGCUAUCGUACGCGUCGAAAGUUAGCCGACUCGGCUGUGGUUGCUGAAGAGCUCUGGUGGCAAGCGACAGAGUUUGUACAAUUGAAUCACAGUACUGUAUCCUAUGUCGACUUCUUGAAGCCAGAGACAGCAGCCUCGCGGUGGAGUCGUGUCAGUUUGAAUGCUUCUAGGGUGGGCAGGGGUUUGUCUAUAGAUGAUAAGGCACAAACAUUGGCCUUCAACCACUGGAUUGAAGCUGUUGAUCCAAGGCACCGUUAUGGACACAGCUUACGUUUGUAUUAUGAAGAAUGGCGUAAAAGUACUGCUGGUCAGCACUUCUUCCAGUGGCUGGAUCUUGGAGAUGGCAGAGAGGUCGAUCUUAAAGAGUGCCCAAGAUCAAAGCUUCGUCGACAACACAUCAAGUAUCUUGGACCACAAGAGAGGGAGAAUUACGAAUACAUGGUGAUUAAUGGAAAAAUAUUGCACAAAAAAUCUGGAAAACCCCUCGAAACGAACAUAGGAUCACCAGAUUUGAAAUGGAUCUUUGUGGUGAGCACAUCCAAGAAACUCUACACUGGAGAGAAAAAGAAAGGAUUGUUCCAUCAUUCUAGUUUCCUCGCGGGAGGGGCUACUUUAGCUGCUGGGAGGCUCAUGGCAGAAGAUGGAGUGCUCAAGUGGAUCUCACCUUACAGUGGACAUUACAAGCCCAAUGAUGAUUCCCUGGAGAGCGUUUUAUCAAUUCUCAAGGAAAACGGAGUCAACCUGGAUGAAGUUGAGAUCAGGAAGGCAAAUGAAGAUUCUGAGAAUCCUGACAACGGAAAAUUGGCUAAAGAUCUGUCUAUAUUGGAACGUCCAUCUGUAUCAGAUUCUGUUCAACCUUGUCUUCCAAAUGAAGAAGAAAGAAACCCGUCUAUAGAAACAAUUGAAGCCUCUCGAACUGAAGUCAAAAUUGAGUACAAGAGGGUUCUCUCCGGUGGUCUCCAGAGCCCUAGGGCGGAUGUACCAAAGGAAGUAAUACUGCAAAGAAUUAACUCCAAGAAAGCCGCAAAGUCGUAUCAAUUAGGCCAUCAACUCUCGCGCAAAUGGUCAACAGGUGCUGGUCCAAGAAUUGGUUGUGUUGCAGAUUACCCUCCAGAAUUGAGGUCACAAGCUUUGGAACUUACUAACCUCUCUCCCAUAGGAUCUCAUUCAUCGUCAAUCCCUACAAUCCAACAAGCUUGUCAGCUAUCUCCUUCUGUUGAGACAGAUACUUCCUCUAAGGUCAAUUAAGGCUUACUCUCUAGCUCUAAGGACUUGAGUAUGUAACUGAGUAGCAGUGUCCUAGGACAGUAGAUGAAAUUUUAAAUUAUUUCUUUCAUAAUCCCGUUUGCUGUCUAAGUCUAGUGUAGCAAAUGUGCUAGGAAAGUAUUACACUUUCAUUUACGGAAUACGGUGGAGUAAUAGAAUAAUUCUUCCAUAUC